AUGCGGAGCAGGAUGUCCGUGAGGAGUGAGAUGAUUCUCUCUGUAGAAACUGAGAGGGUUGUGGCUCCCAGGCACCAAGAAAAGAAACCUAAAAAGUUUUUUGAGGCCGCCGGCGCCGGCCCUGGGGUGCCCCUGUCCCCGGAAGAAUUGCUUCCGAAAGGCGAUGCCGAGAAGCCCGAGGAGGAGCUGGAGGAGGAAGACGACGAGGAGUUAGAUGAGACUCUGUCGGAGAGACUGUGGGGUCUGAUGGAGACGUUCCCGGAGAGGGUCCGGUCCGCGGCUGGAGCCACUUUUGAUCUCUCCCUCUUCGUGGCUCAAAAGAUGUACAGGUUUUCCAGGACAGCCUUGUGGAUUGGAACCACUUCCCUCAUGAUCCUGGUGCUUCCGGUCGUCUUUGAGAAGUUGCAGCUGCAGCAACGGCAGAUACUUCUAGGGCCUAAUUCAGGGCUGUCAGGAGGAAUGCCUGGGGCUCUACCUUCACUUCCUGGAAAGAUCUAGAUU